AUGGAACGUUUUGUCAAGAAGAAAGAAUCUACAGUAAAUGUGGAUUAUGACAUGACUUCUCCUCGAUUUUCCGUUCAAAAUAUCGAGGAACUUCAACAAGGUCUAGAUCAUUUGAAUGAACGUGGCUAUGCUGUAUUCAGUGAAAUCCUAACGAAUGAUGAAAUUAGCAAUAGCAUUGACUUGUUAUGGAAACAUUUGGAAAAAUUACCAAGUCCCUAUUGUAUUCGACGUAAUGAUCCUGAAACAUGGAAAGAACAUUGGCCUGGACUUUCUGAUAUUGGUCUGUUAAAUGAUUAUGGUAUCGGUCAAUCAGAAUUCAUGUGGUAUAUUCGUGGUAAACCAUAUGUAAAGAAAGUUUUUUCGCAUAUAUGGAAUUCUAAUGAAUUAUUCACAUCAUUCGAUGGAGCCGGUUGUUUUCGUGAUUGGCAUUUAAAUGAAGAAUGGAAAACACGAUCUGGUUGGUACCAUUGUGAUCAAAAUCCAUUUCGAAAACCUGAUCGAUGCUCAAUACAAGGUUUGGUUUCUUUAACUGACAGUGAUGAGUCAACAGGUGGGCUUGUUAUCGUACCAGGUUCUCAAAAUAGUUUUAUUGAUUUGCAAUUCAUGGUCAAUGAAAAUUCUUUGUGGGGUGAUUAUGUAACUAUACCAUCUGAAUUAGUCGAAAUGUUACGUCCUCGUUUAGUUAAGUGUAAAGCAGGAGAUCUUGUUGUUUGGGACUCUCGAUGUACUCAUUGUAAUACACCAGCUCUUAUUGAUGAACGCAAUGGAGACUCAUCAUUGGAAACACAACUUUUACGUGUUGUUGCUUAUAUCUGCAUGAGUCCAUUAUCAAUGUUUGAACCCGAUGGAGUCCGAUAUGAUAGUUUAGAAGAAUUUCGUGAAUUAAGAGAAGAUUUUGUUCGUGAUCGAGUAACAUGUACACAUUGGCCAUUGGAAUUAAAUACAGCUAGUCGAUCAUCAAAUAAAGAUAAAGUUCCACUAAAACUUAAUGCAUAUCAACAUUCGCUUAUUGUCGGCACAUACGUUGAGCCUACAGAUGGAACAGCAGAUAUUAUUUUUUAA